CUUCGUCAUUAUUGCAAGUAUAAAAGAAGAAGGUUCAACAGUCAGAGGUUCUGUUUGCAUUCACAUUCGCAUACACAAUCGUGUAACGUUCAAUACUUAGUGCAUUGUUAGUUAAAAAAUUUGCAGUGAAUAGUAUUAACCACAACAAGAGAAGAUGUAUAAAUGUUUUCCAAUAUUACUGGUGAUGGUGUUUUUCAUCGGCUCAAUAAAUACGAUCGUUGUCCAGUGCAAGUACGAGUUUGACUAUUUCUACUUUUGCCAUGGCACAGUUAUCGAUGGGUAUAAAAAUCCUAACAUAACCGAAGUUCAAGGUGACCAUGUCGGUAAUAGAACGCUCGCAGACGUUGACUCAGUGCGAUUAAUAAAACAAAAUUUGACCGAAUUCCCCGGACACAUUGAAAAGUUCUUUCCUAAAGUGUCGAAAAUCGAUCUGGCUGAAAACAACCUAACAAACAUAACAAAUGCCGAGAUCCGCAACAUUCCGAAACUGAGAGAUUUGGUUUUGUGGGGAAAUAAACUCACGAUACUGGACGGUAACUUGUUGCAGGGUAUGUGCUAUAUCAAAUUUCUCGAUCUCGACUAUAAUCAAAUCAAACACGUCGGCGACGACUUCCAAUUUCCCGAAAAUGCUCUACUGUUUAUGCAACACAAUUCUUGCAUCAAUAUUACCAUAUUCGGUGUUUUGGAAGUGUUGAGAAUCAAGUCAAUAUUCCGAAGCAAGUGUCCACCCGUUGGGGUCGAGCCAACAGUACUCAAUGAAAAUGAUAUAGUUAUACCUGAGUAUGUUCGAAGAAACGUAGAAGCUCAAGCAAUGUACAGCCGAAUGCAGUUAUUUGAAGAGAGAUUGGAAGCUCUGGAGGCUAAAAUGGCCAAUGCAGUUGAAAUCAGAAUAAGCGACACCGGUUUAUAAAUCGAAUGGAUUCACGCACACCAAUGAUGAGGAAAUGUUUGCUCCUUUUAUAAAUACAUUAUCACAUAUUUUAACCUUUCAGCAUAUUUAUAUUCAAUUCUUUUAUUCAAUAAAAAAUAACGAAACGA